AUUGAAUUAACAAUAGAGAAUACUGAAUAGGACUCAACCUAAAAUACGUAUUACAAGCAAAAUUACUUUCUUUUCGGCCGUGCGGCGUGCGCCAUAUAGCAGUCUGGCUCUUUUUCAUCCUGCGUACCGUUGCGUAUCGUUUUUUCCUUGUUACAAUAUUCGAACUUCACAGUUGUCUACAACUUGGUCGAUCACUAAUUUAUCUGUUUUAGUUUUUUAACUUUAUUACAAUUAUUGUAUUAUUAUUACAUCCCAUACAUUUAUAAACACUCACCAUUAUGGAUACGUGGACUGCUGAUAUUUGGAACGGUAAUGAAGAGGAAUGUAAGAGAAUUCUGAGUGAACCAGGAAAUUGGGAGAAGGUACCUUUAUUAUUCGAUGAUAAAAUAGCUCUUGGAACCUUUGUACGAUUUAAAGGAAUGAUACAAGAUAUGUUAAAUCCAGAAUAUUAUAGUAGCAAUUUUAAAAUUAUCAAUUCUGAAAAUGAUGAAUUUACUUUGCAUCAAGCAAAAUAUCAUAGCAGUACUAAAAAUCUCAAACCUGGAGAAGAAGUUGUAUUUGGAGAUACAUUGAUGGAACGACAAAUUUUGGCCUGUAUUCCAAUUCCAGGAUUGAAUGAAUGGGCCAAAGAUGUAACUAAUACAAACCAGAAUACUGAAGCUCAACUAGAAGAAAAUAUAAAUAAACGUAUUCGUCUUGAUCCAGCAUGUCAAAAAUACUCUAAGGAAAUAUUUAUUUUUGUAUACCCUGAAGAUAUUGAUAGCAAUGAAUUAAAGCUAAACCAAAUUGUAGAAGUUGUAGGAUUUCUUGACCGACGUACAAUUCAAGAGGGUAAUGGAGAUUUAGAAGAACAAUCUUCAAUAGCUAAAGAAACGCAUUGUAUUCAUGCUGUUCAAUUGAAACUACUAAAAGCCUUAAUUCCAGAUAAUGGAGAAAUAUAUAAAUCCAUCUGGAAUGAUGCACCAAACAUUCACGCAGAGCUAAAAUUUGUAUUAACUCAAGCAUCAUUAGGAGACUCUUUAGUGGCUGACUAUUUAUUAUUUUAUCUUGUAUCUACCAUUUAUAAUAGACAACACGAUUUGGUUCCUGGAAAAUUCUCAUUAAACAUUCGUGGUAUUCCUCAUGGUAUUGGGCAAAGCUACACAAAACAUUUGUACUCACUGAUAUCUUAUUUGGUAGUAAAAAGUGAGUAUUUACCAAUCCAAAUACAUACUAUGAACAACAUGGAUAUGAUUCCAAGAAAAUGCUAUACUUCCAAUAGACUGCUGAAUGGAUUUUUACAGUUGUCAGAUAGGACACAUUUGGUCUUAGAUGAAACAGAUUUACAGCCGGGAAAUUUGGAUAGUAAAGGAAUGCUAAAUCUUGAAGCUCUGAAAAAUAUAAUUUCUAACCAACAAAUGAAGUAUGAUUUCACUUAUUAUGGGAUGGAGUAUGAAACCGAAAUACCAACACUGACAUUAUCAAUUGGAAAAUCUCUUCUACCUUGUGAUAUUGAUAUUGUACUGAAACCAGACCCAUCUUGUUCUGAUGUCGAAGAGACAAUGAAGUCAGUACACGACUACCUAAAAAACCAGUUACCUUUUUUGGACAAAUUGAGAAAAUAUAUUGCAAUAAUUUCAACAUUUCCUUUUAAAUAUGAACAGGAUAUUUUACAAGUGAUUGAAAAUGAUUUUGUAAAGAUGCGAAGAGCUGAUCCCAAAAAUGUUUCUGGUGAUGACUUGCAUAUUUUUUUGAUGAUUUCAAAAUUAAUUGCCUUAUGUUCUGGAAAGAAUGAAUUUGAUAAUGCAAUUUGGGAAAGCGGAAAAUCAUUAGAAAAUCAACGUAAAUUAAGAAAUAAAUAAAUUAUACAUUGAAUGUAUAAAUUAGUAUUGUAAAAUACUUAAAU